UACGGAUUACUUAAAAUGGCGGUCAUGGGGCGGGGCCGCCAGACGCGGGGUACGCUGGGAACAGCGCGCGGGCUGCCGGGAACGGGGCGGAGCGCGGCCGCGCCGGCGCGUCGAGGGGGAGAGGCAGCCGCCGCGAUGGACGUGUUCCUCAUGAUCCGGCGCCACAAGACCACCAUCUUCACGGACGCCAAGGAGUCGAGCACUGUGUUCGAGCUAAAGCGCAUCGUCGAGGGCAUCCUCAAGCGGCCGCCGGACGAGCAGCGGCUGUACAAGGACGACCAGCUUCUGGACGACGGAAAGACAUUGGGCGAGUGUGGCUUCACCAGCCAGACAGCACGGCCUCAGGCCCCAGCCACUGUGGGGCUAGCCUUCAGGGCAGAUGAGGCCUUUGAGGCCCUGCGCAUCGAGCCCUUCUCCAGCCCACCCGAGCUGCCGGAUGUGAUGAAGCCACAGGACUCAGGAAGCAGCGCCAAUGAACAAGCUGUGCAGUGAGAGGUCCCCCAACCGCCCUACCCCCCCCAAUAAAAGAGAUUUGGGUGUCCA